GAAAUGAAGAAAUAUGAUAGAAAAUGAAAAAAUAAAUAAGUGAAAAAGAGAAAUUAGAAAGUGAGAAGAGAAGAUACAUUUUGUGAUCAACAUUAUUACAGUUUGAUCACUCAUAAUUUUAUUUUGUAUCCAGACAAAUAAGUCCUUUCUUAUCAAGACAGCUAAUAAUUUUGUCUACUAUCCAUAUUUGUAGAAGUCUUGCAAACUUCUAUCACUGCCUGUGUCCAAAUUACACUAUUCAGUUUCUUCUCUUUCCCAUGGCUGAAACAGCUUCACUACAGGUUUCUUCCCAUGCACCUCUUGCUCAACCACAGAAGAUUACAAGCAUCAAAACAAUAUCUGAGUCACCUGGUCUCACUUCCAUCCCUUCUACAUACAUCUUCACGCCAAAUCCUGAUGAUCAAGUCAUAUCAGAAAAAGAAGCAUCGCUUCCGAUCAUUGAUUACUCUCUUCUUACUUCAGCCAAUACUGAUGAAAGGUCCAAGAUCGUUAAUGAACUUGGCAAAGCCUGUCAGGACUGGGGCUUCUUUAUGGUGAUCAAUCAUGGAGUGCCAGAGAGCUUAAUGAGAUCAAUGAUUGAUAUGUGUGGAGGAUUCUUUGAUCUUUCUGAAGAGGAUAAGGAAGAAUAUAGAGGGAAGCAUGUCUUGGACCCAAUAAGAUGUGGAACCAGCUUUAAUGCUUCAGCGGAGAAGAUUUUCUUUUGGAAGGAUUUUCUCAAGAUUCUUUCACAUCCUGUAUUUCAUUCUCCUAGUAAACCUUCUGGAUUCAGUGAGACAUCAUUAGAGUACUCCCAAAGAGCUCGAGAAAUAGCAAGAGAACUGCUAAAAGGGAUAUCAGAGAGCUUAGGAUUGGAAGCCAAUUAUAUAGAGAAGGCAUUGAAUUUGGAAGAGGGUCUACAAGUAAUUGCAGCAAACUUCUAUCCACCAUGCCCACAGCCAGAACUUGCUAUGGGCAUGCCCCCUCAUUCAGAUCAUGGCCUCUUAUCUUUUCUAAUACAUAAUGGAAUUAGUGGCCUUCAAGUGCAACACGAAGGGAAGUGGGUUAAUGUUCAUGGCAUCCCUAAUUCCUUCCUGGUUAACAAUGGAGACCAUCUUGAGAUUUUGAGUAAUGGGAAGUACAGGAGUGUUCUGCACCGGGCAGUAGUAAACAACAAAGCUACAAGAAUAUCCAUAGCCACAGUACAAGGUCCAUCGCUGGAUUCAAUAGUUAGACCAGCAGAAGAGUUACUAGCAAGGGAAAGGAAAGCACCUGCAUAUACUGGGAUGAAAUAUAAGGAAUACUUGGAACUUCAACAAAGCAAUAAUCUUGAUGGGAAAUUAAAUUUGGAUAGACUGCGAAAUCAAGUAGUUUAGUUAAAAUAUUAUAAAUUAUUAGUAUAUGCAGAACAAAAUAAAGGAUAAUGAGUUACCUUUAUCUCA